UGCAGGACAUGCUGCGCCAGCGCGCCCUGCUGCUCUCGCUGGGGGGUCUGCUCUGCCUCUGGUCAGCCUUCUGCCAGGAGUGCACCAAGUACAAAGUCAGCACCUGCCGGGACUGUGUGGAGUCGGGCCCUGGCUGCGCCUGGUGCCAGAAGCUGAACUUCACUGGGCUAGGGGAGCCGGACUCGGUUCGCUGUGACACCCGGAAGCAGCUAUUGUUGAAGGGAUGUGCGGCUGACGACAUCAUGGACCCCAGGAGCCUGGCUGAGACCCAGGAGGACAAGAAGGACGGCCAGCAGCAGCUGUCCCCACAGAAAGUGACGCUCUACCUGAGACCAGGUCAGGCGGCUGCCUUCAACGUGACCUUCCGGCGGGCCAAGGGUUACCCCAUCGACUUGUACUACCUGAUGGACCUCUCCUACUCCAUGCUGGACGACCUCAUCAACGUCAAGAAGCUGGGCGGUGACCUGCUCCGGGCCCUCAACGAAAUCACCGAGUCCGGCCGCAUCGGCUUCGGGUCCUUCGUGGACAAGACGGUGCUCCCCUUCGUCAACACGCACCCCGAGAAGCUGAAGAACCCGUGCCCCAACAAGGAGAAGGAGUGCCAGCCCCCGUUCGCCUUCAGACACGUGCUGAAGCUCACCAACAACUCCAACCAGUUCCAGACAGAGGUCGGGAAGCAGCUGAUUUCCGGAAACCUGGACGCCCCCGAGGGCGGGCUGGACGCCAUGAUGCAGGUCGCCGCGUGCCUGGAGGAAAUCGGCUGGCGCAACGUCACUCGGCUGCUGGUGUUUGCCACGGACGACGGCUUCCACUUCGCGGGUGACGGGAAGCUGGGUGCCAUCCUGACCCCCAAUGACGGCCGCUGCCACCUGGAGGGCAACCUAUACAAGCGCAGCAAUGAAUUCGACUACCCGUCGGUGGGCCAGCUGGCACACAAACUGGCUGAAAACAACAUCCAGCCCAUCUUUGCGGUGACCAAGAGAAUGGUGAAAACCUACGAGAAACUCACUGAGGUCAUCCCCAAGUCAGCGGUCGGGGAGCUGUCGGACGACUCCAGCAAUGUGGUGCAGCUCAUCAAGAACGCCUACAACAAACUCUCCUCCAGGGUCUUUCUGGACCACAACAUGGUCCCCAGCACCCUGAAAGUCACCUACAGCUCCUUCUGCAGUAAUGGGGUAUCGCAGGUGGACCAGCCCAGAGGGGACUGCGACGGCGUCCAGAUCAACGUCCCGAUUACCUUCCAGGUGAAGGUCACGGCCACGGAGUGCAUCCAGGAGCAGUCCUUCGUCAUCCGGGCACUGGGCUUCACGGACACGGUGACGGUGCGAGUCCUCCCUCAGUGUGAGUGCCACUGCCAGGCCAAGAGCCAGGCCCGCGGCCUCUGUGGCGGCAAGGGCUUCCUGGAGUGCGGCAUCUGCAGGUGUGAGGCCGGCUACAUCGGGAAGAGCUGUGAGUGCCAGACGCACGGCCGGAGCAGCCAGGAGCUGGAGGGCAGCUGCCGGCGCAACAACAACUCCAUCCUCUGCUCGGGGCUGGGGGACUGCCUCUGCGGACAGUGUGUGUGCCACAGGAGUGACGUGCCCAACAAGAAGAUCUUCGGGCGCUACUGCGAGUGUGACAACGUCAACUGCGAGCGCUACGACGGGCGGGUCUGCGGGGGCGAGGAGCGGGGCAGCUGCGCCUGCGGCAAGUGCUACUGCAAGGAGGGCUUCGAGGGCUCGGCCUGCCAGUGCGAGCGGUCCACCCGGGGCUGCCUGAGCGCCGAGGGCUUCGAGUGCAACGGGCGUGGCCGCUGUCGCUGUAACGUGUGUGAGUGCGAUGCGGGCUACCAGCCGCCCCUGUGCCUGGAGUGCCUGGGCUGCCCGUCGCCCUGCGGCCGGUACAUCACCUGCGCCCAGUGUCUCAAGUUUGACCAGAGCCCCUCGGGGAAGAACUGCAGCAUGGAGUGCGGGAACGUGGGCCUGCUGAGCAAACGCCCGGAAAAGGGCCGCAGGUGCAAGGAGCGGGAUCUGGAGGGCUGCUGGAUCACCUACACCCUGCGGCAGCGGGUCGGCAGGGACAGCUACGACAUCCACGUGGACGACACCCGAGAGUGUGUGGGGGGCCCCCAAAUCGCCCCCAUUGUGGGGGGCACUGUGUCAGGAAUUGUGCUCAUCGGCAUCCUUCUGCUGGCCAUCUGGAAGGCUCUGACCCACCUGAGUGAUCUCCGGGAGUACAAGCGAUUUGAGAAGGAGAAGCUCAAGUCCCAGUGGAACAACGAUAACCCCCUUUUCAAGAGCGCCACCACAACAGUCAUGAACCCGAAGUUUGCUGAGAGUUAGGGCGCUUGGUGAAGACAGCGCUGUCUGAACCAGAUGGAAACACCCCCAAAUCACAUCUCCGCCAGGCUCCUCCAGGGAUAUGGCUCACAAUCCUUGACAAUUUCACCCAUUAACCGAAAAUCCACUGUUGUUUUCUGCUGUUGAAAUAAUAGGUAUGCUCAGGUGACAAUAUGGACAUGUCGGAAGGGACAGCCUCCCCCCUCUGAUGUGUCUGACCUUGUGGUAGAGAUUUGAAGAAGGAAUUGCUUGGGUCUUAUGAGGUUAGAUGUGUUUUCCUAUAAAACUUAGAGUGGCAAUCUCAUUGUGGCACAAAUUUAUUUAUAUUUGAACUUAUCAGGGUAUAAAAAUCACAUCCCAUUGAUGAUACUGUUUCCCAAUCGUGUGUAUAGAAAAAAUAAAUAAAACUUCAGUCGAG